CUGUAGCUCCUGUGCCAUCCCAGGGCAGUGUCACCUGGCUGCUGGGGCUGGAGGCUGCGCUGUCUCCAGCGAGGGGUGGACUGGGGCUGGGCUGCAGCAGGAAAUGCUGGUUCAAUACAAGCUACAGAGGGUGAACAGUUACAGAUGUGAUUGCAGCACAGCUUCCGUUUUCCUGGGGCUUUUAACUGAAACAGUGCAAGGCGAAGGCAGACGGGAGCAGAGCACAGGGAGGCAGCAGCACAGAACCCAGUGGGAGCAGCUAUGGGGGAUGCCUUCAUCCGGCACAUCGAGCUGCUGGGCUAUGAGAAGAGGUUCUUCCCCAGCCAACACUAUGUCUACAUGUUCCUGGUGAAGUGGAAUGACCUCUCUGAAAAGCUCAUCUACCGCCGGUUCACCGAGAUUUACAUGUUCCAUAAAGCACUGAAGGAGAUGUUCCCCAUCGAGUCUGGAGACAUCAAUGCGGAGAACCGGAUCAUCCCACACUUACCAGCCCCCAAGUGGUUUGAUGGGCAGCGUUCAACGCAGAGCAGGCAGGGCACGCUGGCUGAGUACUGCUACACGCUGGUCAACCUGCCCCACAAGAUCUCCCGCUGCCUGCACGUGGUCAGCUUCUUCGAGGUCCGGCCCGAUGACAUGAACCCCGUCACAGACAGCCAGAUCAGGAAGCCUGAGGUGUUCCUCCUGCCCAAGGAUGCAAAGAAAAACACCAGCGACAUCACAGGCCCCAUCGUCCUGCAGACGUACCGAGCCAUCGCCGACUACGAGAAGAGCUCCAAGCCUGAGAUGGCUCUAAAAGCUGGGGAUGCGGUGGACGUCGUGGAGAAGAGCGAGACUGGUUGGUGGUUUUGCCAGUUAAAGAACAAGCGGGGCUGGGUGCCAGCUGCCUACCUGGAGCCGAUGGAUGGUCCUGAUGAAUCGGAGGAGCAGGAGCCCAACUAUGCUGGUGAGCUGUACAUGGUGCAGAAAAGCUACACGGCUGUGGAGGAGGACGAGCUGACACUCAAGGAGGGCGACACCAUCGAGGUGAUCCACAAGCUGCUCGAUGGCUGGUGGGUCGUCAGGAACGAUGAAACCACAGGCUAUUACCCCUCCAUGUACCUGCAGAAAUCUGGGGAGGUGAACACUCCCGAGAAAAGUGGGCUGAGGAACCACAACAUUCCCCCCCGGAGAUCCACCAUCCGCAAUGCAAAGAGUAUCCACAACAAGGGACGGAAGCAGAUCAGCCAGGAAACCUACAGGAGGAACAGCAAGAAGUACAUGCAGAACCGGAGGAACGUGAGGGGCAAUUUGCAGAACAAGGACAUCAUCUCUGAGAAAAAUGAGCAAGAAGAGAACAAGUCAAAGGCUCAGCCUGCGGUUCCUCCCCGGCCCAGCAAAGACCUCAUCAUGAACCGCUGCACAGAGAGCACCAGGAGGAAGAUCAUGUGAGGCUCUCAGCCCCCAAACCCUGCGAGCAGAUGCUUUAUCUCUCGUGCGGAGUGCGAGCCAGGCUGAGGGUCUGCGUGCCUCCCAGAGCAGCUGUGAGCCCAAGCUGUGUGUUAACCCCCCAGCACCAAGGUGCCCCAAGGAGCGGUGUGAGCACUUCCACCAGCACCUCUGGGCUCAGCCUUCCCACAGCCCAGGUUUCUCAUCACUAGCAGGUUCGCUUUUAUCCCUUAUUUGUAAUUCUGAAUGAUUUUUUUUUCUUCUGGUUUUUAACAGUUACCAGCAUUGCGCUGAGAGUACAGCCAGGGCUUCAGUCACUGUGAGAAAAGCCUAAAUAACGUGUACAAAAAGCAGCGUAGCAUAAAGAGACACUUUAUACGUGUGUUUCAACGCUUUCACGCUGUGUGUGGACAACUGAUCAAUAAACAAGAUAUCGAUGCUGAACCAAUUCGGUUAAA